AUGUCAUCUGUUGCCAAGACUGCUGCCACCAAGUUGAACUGGACCAAGGUCAUCUCGUCCCUUGGAUUGACUGGAUCCACUGCUGCCUCGUUAACUGCAUUCAAGAAGAGACACGACGAAGCCAAGAAAGACCAAUUGACUUUAGCACAACAACCUACCACAGUCGACUUUGCCUACUACAGAUCCGUCUUGAAGAACACCAAGGUCAUCGAUGAAAUCGAAAAGGCUGUUAACGCCUACAAGCCAGUCACUAUUGACGUUUCAAAGAACUUGAAGAACAUUGAAAUCUUUGAACAGAAGGCUAUUGAAAAUGCCAAGUUGACUGAAAAGUCUGUGUUGGAAGAAAUUGCCCAAUUGCAAACCACCCUUAAGGACAUUGAAGGUGCCAGACCAUUCGACCAAUUGACCGUCGACGACGUUGCUAAGGCCAGACCAGACUUGGAUGAAAAGGUCAAGUACAUGGUCAAGAACGGUAAGUGGGAUGUUCCAGGCUACAAGGAAAAGUUCGGUGACUUGACUGUCAUGUAAGAGCAAAGAAAGCAAGCAAGCAAAGCUGGUAAGGAAGCAAAGUAAGCGAGCAAAGCAAGCAUAGGUUUUCAUGUUAUUUAUUUCUGAUUUCCCAUUCAUUUUCCGAUUGUUCGAGUUUAGCAUGCCAUAAUCGUUCAAAAUUACUCAACAAGAAUAUACAUUAGAAUAG